AUGCCUUUGGAGAAAGUGGACCAGCUGCAGGACACCGACUUCGUUCAGAAGUUUGCAGAGGUUGAUUUCGUUCAGAAAGCUCGCGAUGCUGCCAAUCAGGUGGCUGAGGCGGCCAACAAGGUCUCCGAGAGCGUGCAGGCUGAGUACAGGCGGACUUUUGAGGAGCUCGACUGUCAGAUCUACACCUUGCAACCAGACCUGGUCAUCAUGGAGUACCCGGGCAUAGAGACCAUUGAGAGGCUAGCUAAGCGGCUCAAUGAGUCGUAUUCCCAGAAGAUGUUAAUCUUUGACUUCUCAGAGGAGCCCUACGAAAGCAGCAAGUUUGAUGGCGAGGUCGUCGGCAUCAACAUGCAGAAGAUGGAAGUGCCGCCGCUGAAGCUGGUGGCGGAGCUCUGUCUCACGGCUAGCCAGUGGCUAGCGACUGACUCGGGCCACCUUCUGGUGCUGCACUGCCGCUCAGGCUAUGGCCGGUCCGGGCUUCUUGGCGCCUGCUUCGAGUCCUUUCGGACGCACCGAAGCCCAAAGGAGGCUCUGCAGACCAUCGCCGAACGGUUGCCUCUGCGGAUGCUACCAUCCCAGCAACGAUACCUUGGAUACUUCCACCAGUUCCUGGAGGGCACUACGCCGCAGCCAAAGCGCUUGCGCUUGUCCAAGGUCUUGCUGAGUGGCGUGCCAAGCUUUGAAGCUGAGGGAAGUGUCGCUUUCAGACCCUUCAUCGAAGUGUGGGUCGCUGGAGAGCUGGCCUACUCCUCCUUCAAAGGCGGAAAGAGUGAUGAGGCCGUGUGGCCCAGCAGCUACGCAUCCAGUGAUUCCGUGGUGGCUUUUCCACUGCCUGGGCAGCUAGUCGUCUCAGGGGACGUGCUGAUCCAGGUUUUUCACCUCUACCUGGAUGCUAAACGGGAGCUAGCAAUGAAGCUGGCUUUCCACACGAACUUCGUCACAGAAGGUCUGCAACUCAGCAAGUUUGAGCUCGAUGCAGCUUGCAACGACGAUCGGUUUACAGACGACUUCUUCGUAGACCUGGUCUUCGAAGAGGUGCCGAGAAACGAAGACUCAACGGAGGAAGAAGAGAAGGUACAGCAAGCGGCAGCCGAGGAUGCCCUAGUUUUCGAGAAGGCCCGUGUCGCAUCUGCGGAGCUCCGCGAGCAGGAUGAGAAGAAGCGGGCGCAGGCUGCGGAGGCACAGGGAGCGGACGAGGGCGACGUGGAGGCUGAGCUCGAGGCCAUUCUUCGUGAUGCACCCGCAGAGGGGUCCCCGAAAGAUGUGGCCAACGGGGGAGGAGGUCAAGAUGACGACAAGGAGCUUGUUUUGCCUGGAAUUCACGGUGCGCGUCCACUGUGA